CCCGUCUCUCCACGGCCGCUCUUCGCGCCGGGCUGUUAAGCGGCGGGAGGAGACAGCGCCGGUGCUGCCGCCGGCUCAGCCCGCGUCUCCUCGGCUCACCUCGCCCUCCCGGCUGGGCCGCGGGGCUGCCCCCUCCCUUCCCCGGGGUAGCGGGCAGCGAUGCGAGGCGCGGCCUCCUCCUUCAUGUAGCCGCCGGCGGGCGUUUGCCUUCACCUCAGCCCCGCGGCGGCCCGCUGCGGGUGACCCGCCGAGGGGCCGGCUGGGCCCCGACCGCCCCUGCUGUCUCUCCCGCAGGGGCGGCCGUCGGUGGGGCUCGGCCCAGCCCGGCCGAGCGGCUGCCUCGGCGGGGAGGUGUCGUUGAGGAGGGGGCCCCCGCCGCCGGCGAGGGGGAGGCGGCUGGCGCCAUGUGGCAGAGCAUCGGGCUGACCUUGCUGGUGAUCGUGGCCACCCUGGCCUGUGUGCUGCUCUUCAUGCUGUGCGGCUGGUACGUGGUCUGGCAAUUGUUUUUGUCUAAAUUCAAGUUCCUGAGAGAACUGAUAGGUGAUACCGGGUCCCAACAGGGAGAUAAUGAGCCUGCCGAGGCUGAAGCUGAAGAGAUUCCACCUUCACCUCAGAGAGGCAGACAGAAAUCUGCUCGACAGCGAAGGGCACCUACAGAAGACACAACUUAAAGUACUCCAUUGAACUUCUGACUAACUAUGAAUGGUUAAGCACCUCUGAACUGUGUCGUUCAGUGUUUUGAUCUUACUGAAAAACGGAAUUAAGAGGUAAUAUUCAUACCCAUGGACCUUUACUUCUGAGCUACCAACAUACGCUACUUUGGUAGAGGUUCAGGGAGGGCUUCAGCAGCAAGUCAUAGAAUACUGGAAGAAAGGAGCAGUGGAGAGAAAUCUCCAUCAGAAAAAUGCUGAACUGCUGUAGAUCCUGUCUCUCCACAGAGAUUAAAAACAGGUCCUGGACCAUAGGCUUAGCCUUUGCAUUAGCCUGAACAUAGUAAACAUUUCAGACUUGAAAUGGUUUCUAAAUUAUUUUUUCUUUACAGCACUGUAACUACAUAGAGUAAAAUUAAGUUUUAUUUCCUUAGCUAUAUAUGAAUAUAUAUAUUUUUUCUCAACCUUGAGAAUGCAUGCGAACUUGAAAAAUGGUUGAAAAAAUAUCCUGCUUUAGAAAGUAUUCUAAAGUGAGAUUUUUAGUUACAUUCUUUUGUAUAUGUAUGUAUAAAGUAUAAAUCAAAUAUCAAAAAUCAAUAUUAGGGUUAUAUAUCCUUUAAAAAAAAAAGGUAAAAAAAGGAAUCAGGUGGUAAGACCUGUUUUCUUGGGCUUUGGCAUAAGAAGGGUUAUAGGUUAAACAGUCCUGCUAGGUUUCUCUAAGUCCAACUUAUGUUGGAGCUGGGAAGAUGCCUAGGUUAUACAGAAUCACAGAAUGGUGUGGGUUGGAAGGGACCUUAGAGAUCGUCUAGUUCCAACCCCGCUGACGUGGUCAGGGACACCUUCUACUAGAGCAGGUUGCUCAAAGCCCCAUCUGACCUGGCCUUGAACACUUCCAGGGAUGGGGCAUCCACAGCUUCUCUGGGCAGCCUGUUCCUGUGUCUCACCACCCUCAUGAUAAAGAGGUGCACUUGCUGUUUAGUAUUCUGAAGUGUCAACUUUGGGUUCUGGUUACUAAGCACUUCUCUAAUUCACUUUGUACACCUUUACAUCAGGCAGAUCGUACCUGACUAACUUUCGUGGAGCAGUUAAGGCAUUCUGACCAAUUUGGGAGACGUCACUGUAACACUUUGAUAGUGUUACAGCAAUGAAUUUGGUACCUCAUGUUUGCUGGAGGACUUACUGAUUUUUUUACUGUAAUAAGCAGUUGGUCCUGUUUUCUUUGAGAAUGAGUUAUACAGCUACUUUGACAUUGCACUUCAGCAUGAAGAGCUCCACUUCUGUUGAUCUAGCAGCUCUGAAGACUGAUGCAUGAGAUCUUUGAAAAGAGGAGGAAUAUGGAUGUGCCACCUCUCAUGUGUAUGAGAGAGAACUACCACCAUGUUUUGUCAUGAACAGCUUCAGUUUUCUCUCAAAGCUUGGAUAUGUGGUGGUGGCUGGAUCAUUGUUCCCUGUAUAAAAACUGUUAAACAGGACUAUGAAAUGGUCUUGAACUUUCAGCUGUUAUGAAGCUUAAACCUGUGGCUUCCAGGUUUGUGGUUUGGUUCACUUAUAUGGCUAAAAUGACAGCAGCAUUGAGUUUUUUGUCAACUAGGCCUACAUUUGGGAAAAGAGCACUCUUAGUGCCUUUAUGUUUUAAUUUUCUACCUGUGAAUACUGUUGGAAAGCUAAUGCGAGCAUUCACUUCAUAAGGUGAUUCGGAUGACUCAGUAUUAAGCUAUAUAAGAUCAGCCCUGAUCUUCCUUUGGAGUCUAAAAGUCUUUGUUUUGAUCACUAGCAUGUAUGCAUAAGCAUGCUUUGAACUACAGGGUUACAUUUUUCAAGCAUGAUUAGGCACAAAGCCUUUAAACACAUGUAGAAAUACUUAUAGUCUCCUUCCUCUAUGCUGUCUGCUGGCAAGGGAGUGUUCUUUUAAAUGGGUAAAAUUCACACUUUUUUUCAAGCUGAGCAAAAGCAAUCAGAUUCUGCUCCCUGCUGCUUUCAGUUGUUUGCCUUGCACAACUUAAUGUCACAAUAUUCUUAUGUCUGUAUGUCUUUUGACAUUAUGAGACUUUCAGUUUAGCAGUGCUAACCAAGUGCUGGUACACUUUUCUUAAGAAAUAUCUUUAGCAUCUUUGUCUUGAGCUUUGCUAAUACAGGCUUACGAAUAAAGAUUUUUAUAUAUAUACUGAUGUAGGAUAUUGACACUCCACUGCACUUCACUUUUACAUAGACUUUAGUGUGCAGAAGAUGGCAAAAGGCUGAUGCUUGUAGUAUCCCUGGCUGAGAUAAGUGACAGUUAACUUGGUCUCUGCUUGUUGUAGCUGUGAAGAAAUCUGAAGCUCCAGCAAUAUACGUAGCUAAUUGGAGUAGCUCUAAAGGUACAAGAAUCAAGACUCUGGAGCAAGUUAAUGAAGGAAAAGUCCAUGUGGGUUUGAAUGCUGACACGGAUCAAAUAUGCAAUAAGAUGUAUAUGGAACCUCUAGGUAGCUCAUCUGCUCUAGCCAAACAACCUCCUUCUCCCUUCCUUGCUGUAUGUACAUGUACAUUUCACUCCAAGUUAGUUUCAGUCUCUUUUUUUUUUUUAAACAGCUGAUGCUAUUUUUUUAAUGUUGCUGUGACACAGCUGCCAAUAAUGCUGUCUGCCUAGUGCAUAACUUUAAUGAUCUUCUUAGUAGCAGGCCAAAGGUUUAUAUUACGUGGUUUGGAAGAAUUUUGUAAUGCUGAUGUCUUCUGUCAAUGUAUAAUUUUUCCUGAAGGAGUCUGUAGUAAAAAUCUUUGUACAGGGCGCUUCAUGCAAACCUGUCAAAUAGAAGCUGUAUGUAUGAAAACGUAUUUGUGAUAAGACCUGGGUUGUGAUUGCUGGCAGUCCAAUAUACUCAUGUCUUUGAAUAUUUUUUUACUGAUGUACUCCUGAAACGUUACUGGUGGGUAGGCACUUAACUUUGAAUUGAUCCAUUCAAGUCUGAAACCUUACGGAGCCAACAGGUUACACAGUCUUGUUUUGUUUAGUAGGAUCUAUUUUUUAAAACUGUUUAUUGCCUUAUUGUUGCAGCUGUUCUCUUGAAUGUAUUCUGUGUUCUUAUUUUGACUAUAGUCAUAUCACCUUUGCAGGGGCUGUGUAACUUUGAAUAAGCAGCAAUUUCUGAUGUUGUAUGUGACAGUUAAUUGAAAACAGUUACUGCAAUGAAGGCUGGAACAAACACAGUGUAGACUGGUGGGGGGAAAAAAUGCUAUUUCUAAAAUUUGAGGAGUGUAAACAAUUUUGUUCAUGCUGAAUUGCAUCAUUCAGACCUGUUAGGGAGCCACUAAGGUUGUUAUUGUGGUAUUUAACUUUUGCCCAUGAGGCUAAUUCUAUGCAGUUCAUCCACUAAGCACUGCUGCUGUAGCUAUUUGCAGUAAAUGCCAUAUACUGUGCUGCAAUUUGUGAGCAACUUGCUGCUUAAUAUCAGGUUUUACACUGAACUAGACCUGUGUAUGCACUUCUGUUUUGUUUUGUAAAUGACCAACAUAAAGAAUGUGUUCAUUGUGGUCAUGUGCUUUGUCAGUGUGAUGAUACUGUACCUAAAGCUUCUGUGGUUGUCUGUUUUCAUCAUUAACUGUUCUUUUAACUGACUGCACAGAUGAAAAAUAAAGUAACCAGACUUGA